UCUUUCUGAUCUUUCUUCUUCAGUUCUCCGUAUAGCCUAUUUCGGCGACGGCGGAAACUUCACUCCGUAUUCUCUUCGUGGCGGCGUUUCUCGUUGGCCGAUCGCUCCCCUCGCUGGAAUUGGCUGCUCAUUCUUCCGAGUCCUUUUGCGCCAUAUUUUGUGUUUAUUUUCCAAUAAACUACAAAAUGGGUGACAAGAAGAAGAAGGCUACCAUGUUCAUCAGACUUGUCUCAGCUGCUGGGACUGGAUUUUUCUAUGUCAAGAGGAAGCCAACUAAACUAACCGAGAAGCUCGAGUUCCGGAAGUACGAUCCUCGAGUGAACCGUCAUGUUCUGUUUACAGAAGCCAAAAUGAAGUGAGGUUAUCUUGAAUCUGUUCUAAUCCUGAUGAUGAAUGUUCUUUCACUUAUUCUUGCUUGUUAGUUGCAACUGCAAUGUCAAAUACUUGAUUUAUAGCUUAUGUCAGUUGGGUUUUCCAUGGUCUCUCUCCCUCACACACAUUUAUAUAAAAAAAAUACUAUGCUUUGCCUCUUGAAGAAAGUAGAGAAAAUUUGAACCCCAUGUACUUCUCUCUCUCUUUAGAAUGUAGCUUCUUUUUCUUCUCAUGUGAUAUAAAAGUGGCAUAAGCCAAAGAUUUAUUUA